AUGCAAAAUCUCACUCUCGGAAAUGAAAUUACAGUUGAGGACCUCCGCCGACUCCCCAUUGUCAAAGCAUGCAUUAAGGAAACUCUCAGACUUUACCCGGUUGUUCACGUCACAAGUCGACUUUUAGCAAAGGACAUACAAGUUUGUGGUUAUCACCUGCCAAAAGGAACGCACGUCCAAGCCAAUGUGUAUGGGAUGGGAAGGAAUAGCGAAUUAUUCCCGUCACCUCUGGAAUUUCGGCCGGAGCGAUGGAUUGGAAAACGGUCUGAUAACAACUGCAGACUAUUGUACAAUUUAUCAUUUGGACAUGGUGCACGCAUGUGCAUCGGUCGAAGAAUUGCUGAACAACAAAUUUCAAUCGUUCUAACAAAGAUUCUCCAGCAUUUUCGACUGGAAUAUUACCAUGAAGAUGUUCAACCGGAAUUAAAACUGAUCAUGACGCCGGACCAGAAUGUGUGUCCUCCUGAAAUAAUUUCGAAAAAAAGUAAAUUCAACUUGUUUCUCUCUUUCUCUCUCUCUCUCUCUCUCUCUCUCUCUCUCUCUCUCUCUCUCACUUUUCUCUUUGUGAUUUUAUUGGUUCUGUUGAAUCCUAUACGUCAUUUCUUCCAGCGGCUAAUAUAUUUAGAUAGUAAUAACACUACGAAUAAUGCGAUUGAAUGUUCGCGCUAA